AUGGGGCGGGGCCACGGAGGGGAGGGGAUGGGGGUUGGUGGCAUCGGAGCUGGGGAGGGAAGGGGAUUUAGUGGUCGUGUAGAGUCAGGUACGGUGCGGACACCGGUGAGACAGGGUUGGAAGCUCUUCGUCCGUGGCCUCGGGUGCGAGACCAGUUUCGACCGCCUCCGCUCCAUCUUCGCCUCCUACGGCGACCUUGAGGAGGCCAUCGUGACACAGGACAGAGCCACCGGCCAGAGCAGGGGCUAUGGCUUUAUCACCAACCGCCACAUCGACAAAGCCUUCCAAGAAGAUCGACGACCGGAUGACCGUCACCCAGAUCGCCACUGUCAGGUUCGCCGACACCACCGCCCCAGCAGGGACAUCUCCCUCCGUAAGAUCUACAUAAGCGGCGUCCCCGCUGAGAUGCCCGCAGACCGCUUCCUCGCCCACUUCUCCUCUCACGGUGAUAUCCAGGAGGGGGCGAUCGGGUUUGAGAAGCAGAUGAGGAAGUCGAUGGGGUUCGCCCUUUUUGUGUACAAGACGGCCAAGAGGCGGCCAUGGCCGCACUUAUCGAUCCCGUCAAGACAGUCGACGGACAUCAGAUGGUAUGUGUUGGGGUGGGUUCUCAUAACUUAG